AUGUCAUUCUUCUCCUAUGUUGCAUCGGGCAUUGGCUCCUUCGUUGUCCUCACUGUUUCCCUCUUCGCCCUGGGUCAGAGGGCUCCGCGCGCAGCAUUCUUUGCCCGGUGUCUGGCCUCGUACGGUUCCUUGCUACUUUGCGCCACCUACGGAGUGAUUGCGUCGGUAGUUCUUCGCCUCGUGGGCUAUGGACGAGUAUCACAGUGGGCGACCGCGCGCAGCUUCAAAUGGGUCAUGCGAUAUACCACUGGUGUCGAGUUCAAUAUCGUAGAGGGCAUCGAAUACCUCUCUACCCGUCCCGCGGUGUUUAUCGGGAACCACCAGAGCGAGUUGGAUGUACUCAUGCUUGGCGCCGUUUUCCCUCCAUACUGCAGUGUCACUGCGAAGAAAUCAUUGAAGCAAGUUCCCUUCCUGGGCUGGUUCAUGACACUGUCACGGACGGUAUUUAUCGAUCGUGCUAAUCGCGAGACGGCCGUGAAGGCAUUUGACGGUGCCGCGGAGGAAAUGCGCACACAUAGACAAAGUGUCUUUAUCUUCCCCGAGGGCACGAGAAGCUAUUCGGAUCAACCAGAGCUGCUGCCGUUCAAGAAAGGUGCCUUUCAUCUUGCUAUCAAGGCGGGUGUGCCUAUUGUGCCCAUCGUUGCGGAAAAUUACUCUCAUAUCUUAUCGCCUCGCAAUAUGAGGUUUGAAGCUGGUACGAUCAAUGUGAAGGUCCUCCCACCUAUCAGCACCACUGGAAUGACUCCGGCCGAUGUCGAUAAUCUUGUCAACUCCACCCGGGAAAGCAUGCUUAAGACACUUCUGGAUAUGGCUCGAGAACAUCGAAAAGAAGUUGAUGGCAAAGUGAAACCCAAUGCCACGUCCACUGCUGUGGAGCUUUGA